UGCAUAGAAUGAGGAAGGCGGAAGUAUCUUUAUGGAUGGAAAGUAAAGUUAAUUUUCUCCAUAAUUCAUCGACAAAUUUUGUGCAAAACUCACGGGAUCUUAAGCUGUAAAUAUUCUUGUCCAUUUAAGAUAGGAAGUUUGCCAGAAACAUAACAAGGAAAUGAUGUGUUAAAAUUCAGCAACAAGACCUGAUGACAGACCAAUAGUGAACAACUCAUUUUGCAACUCAGUAGAAUUACAACAGAUGUCGGCAUCAUACAAACAUCUUGAGAUGUCUUCAUAGCUGUAGAAAUGAAAGAGACUCUCCAUGUACUUGUGAAAUACCCAAUGACCUAUUCACAUGAACCGAAGGAAAAUUUCAUUGGUUGACUGUUGGAAUUUCUGAAGUACCUGUUUUCACUUAAACAGGGGGAUAUCUCUACAUUUUAAGAUGGCAGCCAAGAAGCAGACAACUUCAAUCCAGGACUGGCUAGAGUCAUUAGAUUUGGGCCAUUUCACCAACAACUUCCUCCAUAACGGUCUAACAGAGCUCCAACAUGUGUGUCAUCUCACUGAAGAUCAACUCAGCUUGUUGGGCAUAACACAGCGAGGUUACCAGAAAAGAGUUCUGAACCAUUUACCCACAGAGGCAGAAGUUUUCUUGUCUGAGUUUGUAUCCAGCUCUGAGAAUGCAGAGACUAAAACUCCAGCAGAAGAGGUACCACCCCCAAUGCCCCCUCGUAGGAGCAUCCCUAAACAGUUUGGUAAAGAAAAUGGGCACCCAACAGAGAAGAAACCAACAUUCGAUGAUGAAUCAUAUUUAUUUCAUGGACCAACUUCAGGAACUAAUCCUGUUUUACCACCAAGGAGGCCACAUUCAGAACCAGACAAGUCCUCCAGUAACUUCCCAGCAUCUUCAGUUGACUCUGAGCCAGUCCCUGUGCCACCGCCACGAACACCUGGCAGCCAAGGCAACAGGACGGCAGUAGCUUCUGAGAUUCCCAGCAAGCAAUCUAGAAUGAGACCUAUGCCUCAACCCCGAGUGAGGUCAGAUCCUAGUUUGCCAGCCAGGCCUCCCCCUUUGCCUGGCUGUGAUGAGAAAUCAGAGACACCCAUGCCCAGGCAUCGUUCAACUCCUGAAGUACCUCCACGCGUAAGCCCAUCCCAGAUGACUCCAGCAAUCCGUUCGUCUGAUCAUUUCCCGGCCCCAUUCACAGUUUCAAACAUUUAUGAUGAUGACCCCUGUCAAUGUGUUGAGCCACCCGAACCAGAGGCAUCCAAAUCGCUGUUCCCUCCACCUAUCCUUCCCAAUCCUGUCUCUCAGUUUUCUGCACAAGAUGAAAUCGAUGAACACUUUCCUGACUUGCCUCCUCCCCCGCCUCCUAAAAGGAUUCCUGGCUCAACGUCCCCAGCACCUGCGAAAAGAAGCCUACCACCUGUUCCACAUCCCAACCAUCACACUGUUCCAGAUCCCCCGUGCUCAGACCCACCACCAUCGCAACCACCUUGCCUGACAGAUAAUGUAGGUCCUAGUUUAUCAGCACUGCAGAUGCCCGGGGAUGGUCCUCUACAACCUUCUUUUCUGUCUCCACCACCAGUACUUCCUUUUCAGUCUGUGACUCCGAGAGAAAUUGAAGAAGACAACAUGCCCAGCCUCCCUCCUCCACCUCCUCCUUCGGUUGCACCAACACCGAGGAUUCCUCCCCGGCCCCCAUCGUUAGCGGAGCCACCUGUUUCUGACAUACCCCCUCCUCUGCUGCCACCAAAGGAUACAUCUGGACAUCUUCGUGCAGUUCAGCUGGUUGGCACAGAGGAAAUCAUUAUGCCAUUCUCUCCAGCGUUAUUGCCUGUUAUUCCUCCACGUCCAUGCCCACCAUCUGCUUCAGGUCAGAUACCUUCUGAUUUGUCACCAUCCCUACCAACACAGAAAGAGACAUCAAGACAUCUUGAUGCCACUUCGGCUUUCAAAAAAGACUCUGAAACUGUCUCUAACAUUUCAUCAAUUCCUGUGAUUCCUCCACGUCCACCUCCAUUAUCAGCACCAGAUCAGUUUCCCUCUAAUUUGCCACCACCUCCACCAACACUGGAAGAGAUGCAAGGACAUCCAGAUGUAACCCAGCCCAUCAAGACAGACACUGUUAAUAUCUUUGACUCUGCAAAGCAAAACUUUGACCCAUUUGAGUUUGAUCCAUUUGCACAUGCAGAUGACACAGUAGGUACAUUCUCUGUGGAUGCCCCACUCCGGCCUCCAUCACUCUUUCUCACACCUGAAGAUCUACUCAGAUAUCCUGCUCCACAAACCAACCUACCCCAACUCACAGCGGCUUUGCCUUCCGUAAGUGAACAUCCAGUUCCUUUACUUCCAUCAAGACCUGCUCCCGAUCUGUCAUUAGCAUCCAGACCAGUUCCUUUGCCUCCAGGAGCGAAACCUGACAGCAAGCCAUCAACCGCAGCAUCUGAUGUUAUUCCGCCGAUACCACCUGUCCGCCAGGACUAUACUCAUUCAGAGAAUCAGUCUCAAGCCUUACCAGAACUCAGUGGGAUUGAUGAGAUUUUAUCCCCGCAACCAGGGCAAGUGUCUCAAAGUGGCUUGAGGAAGACUCCAGCACUGCCAGCCAGAAUACCUGCUGGCUCGGAACAACAAGGCACCGGUGACAUAUUAACAAGACCAGACACAACUGGGGCUGAUCCAUCCAUGCCGGCUGGUCUCCCCCACAAGACAUCAAACUUAAUUGACCUGUCACUUCAUGAUACUGGCAUGAUCCAAUUCAAAAAUGUCCCAGAUGAAAACAAGGAGAACUUCUUGCUUGAUACUGACUCAAUUCAUGAGGCAACUCAAAGUACUCCUAGUCCAUCCUUACCUGCUCUCGAUCAACAUGACAUCGAGGAUCAGUACUCUAAAGUACAUCGCGUACCUCAGAAAACACAACAGCUUAUGGUUGACACAAAAGACAAACCGUCAAAUAUUCCCCAAAUCCCAGUCAGGCCACCUCGGAUUCCUCCAAGACUAGAGCCACAAGGAGAAGCUUCGCCUACCUUUGCAGCACCUGAGAGGCCAUCUCCAAUAGGAUCUACGGCCCAAGAUGAUGUCUUCAGUCAUUCCGGUUUUGAGGAGAAAGGAGUGACCUCCUGGUCAAGUUUACAAGUCCCUGUCUCCCCCUCAGCACUCAGUGAGGGUUCUGACAGACACUCGUACAUCUUACUGAGUGAGUCUUCCAGUGGCACUCACGAUACUUCAGAUGAGAAGAUAUGGCCUCAUGAGCAUCGAUCUCUGCCUCCUAUACCUCCUGUCAGCUCAAGCACACUGGAUAAGCCUAGUGAAAAAGACUCUCUUCAAAUGGAAGAUGAGUCUGGAGAGCCCCAGAAACCAGCCAGACCAGCACCUCCUCCACCAGUUGCAAAACCACGUGACAGGUCCUCAGCCCAUAUACCUAAACUACCAGCAAGACCAGUCCCUGCAGUGAAAGAGUUCAUCCCACAGCCGCCACCGAAUCAGAAAGAGGGUGAAUAUGACCUCUUGGAUGCAAGCAGAAUGGUCUCCACGAGUCCCCUGAGGGAUGAGUCGUUAGACAGUCCAGAGGGAAUCGCCUUCAAGGAGCUUGCUCAGAGUGAGGAGAGCGGAGAUGAUGAUGAUUCUGGCUUUGACAUGGACAGCUUGGAUUACAGCAAAGCAACUGCUAAACAGGUGCAAGAUUUAAACUUGAAAGUCAGCCUGGCAGACAGACGCAGUAAGAUUGACCUCGGUCAUGUUUUACGCAUGGGUCAGGCAUAUCGCCCAGAAGUACCUCACAGGCCUCUAGCCAGAACACAUAGCCGUUCAGUUGAUGAAAACACUAGAAGAAGACUUUCCAAUAAACUCUCACAAUCUCUGCAAGAUAGCCACAGCACAGCUGAGAUUCCUGCUAAGGUAACUGUUCUGAAGAAGAAAGGAUAUCUCUGGAAACAAGGAGGACAGCAGAACAACAAGGGGUUCAGGAAACGCUGGAUGGACUUUGAUGGAGUGGAGAUGAGGUACUAUGAAAAUGAGAAAAAGAUGUCAGAGUGUAAGGGCAUUAUUCCCGUGGGCACAAUGAGAGAUGUCAAGAAUCUGUGUGGAACAUCCAGACCAUCGUUUGGCGACACAAAACAGUACCGCAUUACACUAGAAACAACUGGACGGUCCUUCCACUUUGCAGCAGAAACUCUUGAUGAGGGUACAUUAUGGGCCAACAUAUUGAUGCAGGCUAUUCUGUCAUAUAAGCCUCCCCCUGGUGGAUUUCCUGUGGGAGGAGAUAUGAGUUGUCCUGACAAAAAGGGCUAUGUGAAAAUUGAGGGGUACUUCCAAAAAAGGUUUCUUGCAAUUAAAGGCGAGAAGUUGUUCAUAUACAACACUGAAAUGGACUUUGAGUCUGCUGUGGCCAUUUUGGACAUUGAGAUGAAGCUGGCAUCAGUCAAGGAGCUUCCCAAGAACAAGAUCCAGCUAGCUACUCCUGGCAAGAUAUACAUAAUGACUAUUGAGAAUCCCCAGGAGGUCAAGGAAUGGAUUGAAGCUAUGAAGGAGGCCAUACUGGAAGGACUCUCUGAUCAUUCAAUCUUGGAUAAGGUGUACCAGAACUCUUCCAAUACGUACUGUGCAGAAUGCAGAAUGAAAGAUCCAGAUUGGGCGUCUAUCAACUUGGGUAUUUGUGUCUGCAAAAACUGCUCCGGCCUGCACAGGAAUCUUGGUGUGCAUGUGUCCAAGGUCCGCUCAUUGAAAAUGGACACCAAAGUAUGGACACCGGCGUUGGUUCAAGUCAUGCUAAAGCUCGGCAACAAGAAUUCCAAUGCAUUCUGGGAAGCCAACCUGAAUGAGGAUGAGAAAGCUAUGCCCGACGAUACAUUAGACAGAAGGAAAAUGUAUAUUGUGAACAAGUACAGCAAGAAAAAAUACUGCCAAUCACGGCUGUCAACGGACAACAACAUGGAUAAGACUCUGUUCAAAGCGGCCUCCCUUGGAAAUCUCAUUGAAUGUGUACAGCUUGUCUUCUCUGGUGCAAAUGUUUCUCAUAAACGGGAGGAUGGAAAGACUGCGCUUGAUGUGGCAAAAGCAUGCAACUUCCCUACUGUUGCAGAAUUCCUGAACCAGAACAUUAACAUACAAUCGUCAUCUGCGAGGAACGACGCUGCAUCCAAAGUAUCUGCUCAGACUCAGAAGACCGCCUCCAUUGUGAGACACUCAGCUCAUGAGAGCAAGCAAGAAAACAUACAGUGCUCUGGCUACUUGCAUAAGACGGGCAAUAACAAGAAAGAAUUCCUGAAGCGAUAUUGUACCUUGGAGCAUGGCAUCUUCAGUUAUUUUGAAGACAAGAACCAACCAGCCAAAAACACAAUAGAGGGAAUCGACAUGGUACUGGUUGCUUUAACCGAGCCAAGACAAGGACACAAGUACUGUUUUGAGAUCUACACUUCCGUAGGUCGGACCUAUCUCAUGUCAGCAGAAACAGAAGAAGAGAGAAAACAGUGGAUGAAAGCGCUAGCCAAGAUUCACUCACUGGAAUGCAUGUGGGAGUCUCUUGAGGAUUUUGAGCAAGCUGGAUUCCUGCACAAGAAAGAAGGAGCUGCAGCAACCAACUGGCAGCGGUUAUGGUUCAUACUGAAGGGAAAAUCACUGGUAUCCUACUCGAGUACCAAUGAUGAAUUGGAGGAAAUUGAUCUGAGAAAACUCAUCUCACUCAGUCGUCAAGAUUCUGACAUUGCUAGUGCAACAGACCAUAACCACACACUCUCCAUAGUCCUCCCUGGAAAGAAUAUUUACUUACGUGCAGAGACUAAGCAGGCAGCUGACUGCUGGUAUGAAGCCAUCAACAAAGUAGCAUCGCAAGGUGGCAUGGCAUUGGAAGAUCAACCAUUGACUGCUGAUAAUGUACCGAUCAUUGUCAGUCAGUGCAUUGACUUCGUUGCAACCCAUGAAGGUGUCAUGACAGAAGGAAUCUAUCGUCUGAGUGGUACAAGCAGCGUCAUCCGUAAGAUAGUCACCUCCUUCAUGGAGGAUUCACGCACAGCCCGUCUCAAGGAAGAAUACUCGGUCCAUGAUGUGACCGGAGCACUCAAGAAGUUCUUCCGUGAGCUGCCGGAUCCUCUGCUGACAUCCAAGUUGUAUCAGAAGUGGACAGAAGUUGCUUCCUAUCAAGAUCAUUCCAUACGUCUUCAGUGGUAUCAGCAUCUUCUAAGUGAACUGCCGUUAGUCAACUUCCACACACUCAAGAUGCUGAUAGGCCAUCUCAAGAAUGUUUCAGAGCACAGCGAUUUCAACAAGAUGUACAUCCGUAAUCUCGCUGCAGUAUUUGGACCAACAUUGAUGGCAGCAUCUUGUGAUUCAUCCUACGUCCAUGCCGAACGUGAGAUAGCAGUCAUAGCGGACCUCCUGACCUACUACAACUGGCUCUACCAGGUGUCGGAAGAAGAAAUGGCCAAAGAAAGAGAGAAGGAACAGAAAUAUCAAGAAGGCGUUGCCAAGAUUAAAGCAGCCAGGGCAUCAGAGACAUUCUCUGAGGAGUUGAUAAUGAUGGAGAUCUACAUGGGCAAGAAAGAUCAGGGCAACAGUAUCAACAUCAAGAUCUCCUUGGAGCACACUGCCGAUCAAGUCAUCCGCAUGGCUCUAGAGCAACAGAGGAAGAUUAACGAUGGUUCAUGGGGGCUGUUUGAAAUCAUCGCUAAAGGAGAACUUGAACGUUGGAUUCAUGGAUACGAGACCGUCCUGCCCCAGGUCCUACAAUGGAGCAAAGAUAUGGCUCCAGAUAAUUACAUCUGUCUCAAACACAAUGAUCUCAUACUCAAGAUAGAACCGUUUAUGGAGCAAGCCACUUUGACGGACACGGUUAAAUACAGUGAAAGCAAGAAGUCAUUUAAGAAGUACACGUUUGAGCUGAUGAACAACAUGGUCACAUGCUACAAGGAAAAGAAUACAAGUGCAGCCAAUACUUGGAGGGUUGCUGACAUGAAGAUUUAUGUGGGAGUUGAGAAGAAACGAUCACCGCCAACAAAAUGGGGUAUCUCAUUCAAUCUGAACAACGAAGAAGGCAUUAGAGCAAUGUGUCUUAAUGACGAACCCUCAUAUCACUUCUGGUUAGCUGGUCUGCUCAAAUCUAAGAGAGAAGGUACUCGCAACUUGUCAACCAACUCUGUGGUUGACCCCUCAUCACUGACAUACUCACCUCAUGCCCUCUCCUUCAAGUCUGAACACGAGGGUGCAUUUUCUCGUGCCUCACGCAACUUUCCUAUGAGCAACAUUACAAGCAAGAUGAGCUUCUGGAGGAAAUCUCGAGCCCCUUCCACGGAUGACGGUUAAAGGAGCAGACCAACCCAAGCCUGAUGACAGGUUUAUCCUUUGCAGUGAGUGCCUCUUUAAAUAUGUAAAUAUGUAAAUAAUUUAAUAUAAGCUUAUGCUACUGAUAUUUUAUUACUUAAGACAAGGUGUACCAAUGGAUCGUUCCUAGUCAUGAUCUGUUUUACGGCCUGCUUGAUUUCUGUUUAAUCAGGAUAGUUUUUGUAAGAAUCAUGACAUUUGAAACUAAAGGGAAGCCCAGCGGUUAUAGAGGCUGGAACUCACCCUGGCUUGCAGACAUGAGCGUUUUAUUCUUUGGAGUGACUGGUACCCAUGUCUAGCUGGUAAGACACGGAUCUACUAUGACGCAGACUAUGCAUGUCCAUAUUAGUGUACUGCAGGUGCUUGAACACCUGGGCACCAGUUUACAGACGGGGCACCAUCUACAUGUCCUUGCACAGGCAGAGUGGAGAUACCACUACAACUCAUUACCUUAACUCAUGUUCUGGUACAAGCUAAUUAUAAAGUACUCUCAUUGGACAAUAAUCCUAGGCUUGGGCGGAUCAUAGCACUGUGAUUGGCUGUCAAGCUCAAUGCAAUGUAAAUAUGCAAGAUCUUAAUGCCACUCUGAACUUGUUACUGCUGUCAACUUGGAUUACCUAUAAUCCUUUGUGUUUCAUCACGAGAGUCUGUGAUAGGCCUUCAAGCCAUCUUGACAUAUGGACUGAUGGCAAGUCCAUGCUAAGACCUCUGAUGUAAGGUUUGCAAUUUUUGCUCCAAGUUAAAUUUAUGCAAAACAUAUGUAAAUAGUAUUUCUGCUGCCUUGCAUAUUCAAAGCCAAUCACUUUUCGGUUGUUUUUGUUUAGACAUCAAGCUUGAAGUAUAUCAAGGUAAAAAUCAUUCUUAAAAAACAAAGGUUUAGUUUUAUUUCGUUGAUGCAAAUUGGAUCAUUACAUUUUGCGUAUGAAUACUAAAAAUUAUGAUUUAUAAUUAUUUUCAAAUAGUUUCAAAAUGUAAAGGAGGGAUAUAAUGGUUUGUAAUUCUAACAGUUUUAGUUUUAAUGCAGUUCUUCUGAAAUCUGUAAAUUCUGCCUGUGGAAGUUUGUUGGUUUUAUAUUUGUAGAAUGUAUUUUUUCCCCUUAUUUAACUCGGAAGAUGGAUCAUACAACAACAGUAAUGUAUGCAGACUUCCUGAUAUGAUGCAGAUUUAUACAUACCUUUCCCUUUGUGUACAUUGAUAUUUACAUGAAGUGGUGUAGAUAUUUCCAGUUAAACUGAUAUCUUGAUAGACUUUACAGAUGUAUGGUACCUGAAUGAUUGAUAUUGGUAAUAUGUUUUAAUAACUUUAUGAAUAUUCUUUAGGAAAUUUUGGGAGCAGCAAGUUCUCAUUUUUUCCUUUAUCAGAACUUAAAUCAGUUCUGUUUCAUCAAUCAAAAGUGUUUAUUCAUUUGAAGGAACCUGAAAAAUGCAAGUAUUUAGAGACGGUGGGCCAAAUAAUGUCUCAAAGUAGGUCACUGUUAUGCAGUUGAUAAUGUGGGCUUUGAGGCACCUAAACUCUGAUUUUAUUAAUUAAGGUAUAAAGAACCUAACUCUAACAGACAAGAAUUCAUUCAGAAUACCUAAUGCAGUGAUUUCUUAUGGGACUUUUUUUCUUUUUUCUAAAUUUUCAAUUGAUAUUAUUUGCAAGAAACUAAGUGACAACUUCCUUUUAGUACUUAAUUUCUUGGUUUUGUAAUUGAUGAUUGUUGACUCAAGAACCUUCGUCUGCAUGGUUGCUUUACAUACAAAACUACUCAGAACAUAGCGUUUGGGUACUUAGCAAAAAUAGAACAUUAGGCUGUUAAACACUUCUAGUUAGUAAGUGCAGUUGAUAUUAGUCAAGGUUGUUUUAUUAAUUGCAAUCUCACGCUGAGAAUAAAUAAACUUGCCAUUUCUUUUUGUUAAGUUCUUGAAGUUUCUGAGACUUCUGAAACGAUUUUAAUAAAACUGAAAACGGUCGUAGAUUUUCCAAUGGGGGUUAGUUUUUCUUUUUCUUGUCAUUUUGAUAUGCAAGGUUUUGAUUUCAAGAAAACUGCUUCUUUACUUAAUUAUGACUUUGAUCUUCAUGACUAUUAUGUACCCUUUCGACAAGUAAGUUAUAUAGCCUAUUUUUGGAAGAAGUUGGAAUGAUACCAUUGAGUUCUGUAUGUUAUUAACGAUGCAUAUAAUUUGUUGAGAUGCCCUACAUUUGUAUGUCCAAAUCUUUGUGUCAUUUUUAAGUCAAACAUGUUUUUUUUUAUCAACAUGUAUUUAUGGCUACACAGAAUAUAGAAUCCUAAAUCCUGAGUUGCACAGUGACAGGUAAUUAUAGUCCUAGUACUUUUAUUUGGUAAAAUAUUUUAUUCUUUAUUGAUGAGUCGAAAAAUAAUGUUUUUUUGCGGGUUUCUUUAGCAGUGAUCGAUAUUUAUUGAUUUUUCGUCUUUGCUAGCGUAUGUCAUUUUGUUAUCUGGAAGGCAAUGGUAUGGAUUACAAGGUACUCUGUAGGAUUAAUAAACAGGGCAUGUUUGUAACCAUAAGGGAGAGUUUGAUAGCGUUUAAUUUUUGUGUGGGAGGUAAGAGAAAAUGGCAUUUUUAAGUCGGGACAUUAUGUUAUUUAAUAGGCCUUGUUGGUAUGUAAGCAUAAUAAGAUAGAGGAGUAACAUCUGGUAAAUAUAAUCUACACAGUACAAAACGACAUGCCUUACUAUGCAAGAUUUUUUUUUCUUCAAAAUGUAGGCUUUGAUACUACAAGUCAUUAUUUUACCUUUAAACCCAUAAGCAUUGGAAUUACUCUAAUAAUUUGCUAACAUUAAGUAUCAUUAUUAUCUUACAUAUUACGAAUCCGUAUUUAAUAUGUUUAGUCUCUAGGGCAUUCUGGUAUCGGCACCACUUUUUUAUCGACUUUUUGCUUAAAUGUCGAAUGAAAUGAAAAUUAUAUAUCGCCGAAAGGAAUUUCUUUUACACAGAAUUUCCCUUAAAAUACGUCAUUAUUUAUACGCUUUUACCCCACUGUGGUUUUUUUUAUUAUAUCGGUGAAAAUGUACUUAAUACAAGUUGACCUUGCAUUGAAAAAAAUGGGCGUAAGAGGGCCUAUAGCAUUGUCAGUGAAAACGAAUUAUCUGUCUUACCAACAUUCAAUGAUGGGAUAUGUUUUGACAAAGCAUUGAAUCAUCAUUGGAACUAAUACCAGCAUCUUUACUCACAAUGCGUUCCUUUAGUUUAAUGUCAGUUCAACUUCAAAUCAUUUUAAACGUGUUUGUUGAAAAACAGAGGAAAAGUGUGUGCAGUUAAUACAAAACGAAAUGAGAAUUUGGUGUUGAGUGUUCAAGUAAUUAGCCAUGCUGUACCAAGUAUCGGAGUCAUCUCGAAAAACAAACUGAACAAAAUUUCGUUAAUUUAGAACAGUAAAGCCUAUUUUAAUAUAGUUAAUAACUACUACGCUGUCUUAUGGCUCAAUUGAAUAAAAGAACGCAAAAGAAUUGAAUUAAA